AUGGAUCCCUCAACCAACAAUGGCUUUCUCCUUUCUGGUGAGCUUGAUAUCUUCAAGAACAAACUAGCUACUUUGAAGGACAAUGGUAAGAAUCUGAACAUCGAGGAUCUCGCAAAAGAACUGUUCGGUCUCACCUUGGAAGACGCAUCGAAUGAUUUGGGCAUUCGUGAUGGUCCCAAUGGAGAACGUCCCACAAAGGCAUCGCAGCUGUUGAAAGUUUAUUUGAUUCUGUCGGAUGAGGAGUGCAAGAGAGUUGUGGAGCUCCGCAGCAGGGGAUGGCAUGACAAGAAAGAAGACGGCGAUGCGCACUUCAAACAACAACGAGAGCGCGCCGACUCAACCACACCAGAGGGUGAACGUGGCUUUUACAAGAUGAUGCAACAAAUCGGAGAAGAAAUGCACAACGCUCACAGUAUCUUCAACAUACCUUUCGUCCCAGAUGGCCAGGUCAACGUACUCGAUCUCUGCAUGGCACCUGGAGGUCACACUGCAGCAGCUCUCGAUUACCGCAAUAGCUUCAAAGCAUAUGCCAUCACAUUGAACCCUGCUUCUGGCGGGCACAAUGUUAUGAUCGACACGAGCCGCCUCCAGGGUCUUAGAUACUGUGAUAUUACAAUGUUCACGGAACAUCCCGAGGAUUUAAAGUCAAAAUUUAGUGACAUCAAGCCCUACACGUUUAUCAAAUAUCAUCUUGUGUUUGCCGAUGGCAAGACUCUUCGUACGCAUGAUCGCAUUAAGGACACCUACAAGGCCAACCUUAGUAAGGAAACAGUACGAUUACAAACUUCGCAACUGAUUCUUGCCAUGAAUAGGAUGCACAAUGGAGGUACUUUGGUUAUGUUAUUACAUAAGAUUGACACAUGGCACUCAGCAUUCAUGUUGUAUACAUUUUCGAAAUUUGCUAAGGUUGAAGUAUUCAAGCCUGUUAAGAAGCAUGCUACAAGAAGUAGUUUCUACAUGAUUGCGAAAGAUAUUAAAAUCAAUCAUCCAGAGACAAUCAAGGCCAUUGAGGAAUGGAAGGAAGACUGGUUUUAUGCCACAUUUGGAGGUCCAGAUAACAUGGGUUUAGCCAAGGAGGAGCCAACAAAUGAAAUAGCGAAUGCAUUGAGUCACACUAGUUACGCAGGCUCAACGACUGAUGGAGUCAAACAAGGGUUAAGAAAGCGGAUUUGGUGUGGAAUAAAGGGCGUUUUUAGGGAUCAUCAUGAGGGCUUCAAAAUGGAACGUGGAAUGGGAUAUUCUCCAACUGGUGGCAGAGGAGCUGGCUGCUGGUCAGUGGCCAACGAUGGUCAAGUUAUUCCUGGUGAGAAAGCAAAAAUCGAUGAUGAGGCUACCGCUCGUUGCGACACCAGUACUAAUGGGGACAAUCGAGCCAUUUUCAUGAUGGGAACUUAG